CGGGCGGCUUGUGCGCCCCUGCAGCCGUGCGCCCUGGGCGCGCCCUCGCCAUGGCUAGCGGCGGCUCCAAGGCGGCCGCCUCGCUCUUCAAGCGCACGCUGGCCCUGUCCCCGCCACGCGGCGGAGCUGGAGGGGGGCGCGGCGGCGGCGGCGGCGGCGGCGGCGGCUCCUCGGGCUUCUGCUUGGCCGGCGGGGGCCGGGCGCGCUCGGGCACCCCGCCGCCCGCCCGACCGCCGCCGCCGCCCUCGAGGCCUCGCUUCCUGAGCACUCAGGUCGCCCCUCCGCCUGCGCUCUUGUUGCAGGACUCGCUUAGCGACAGCCUCCGCCUGUGCUACAGGUACCUGAACCAGACCAGCCGGAGCUUCGCCGCCGUCAUCCAAGCGCUCGACGGGGAGCUGCGCCACGCGGUGUGCAUCUUCUACCUGGUUCUCCGAGCUCUGGACACAGUUGAGGACGACAUGACGAUCAACCUUGAAACCAAGGUCCCCAUGCUGCACAACUUCCACUCCUACCUGUAUGAGCCGGACUGGAAAUUCAUGGACAGCAAAGAGAAGGAUAAACAAGUCCUGGAGAAUUUCCCGACGAUCUCCUUGGAGUUCCGGAACCUGGCAAAGGUGUAUCGGGAUGUGAUUGCUGACAUUUGCCACAAGAUGGGCCUGGGCAUGGCUGAAUUUUUGGAAAAGAAGGUGGAUUCCGAGAAGGAAUGGGACAAGUAUUGCCACUACGUCGCUGGCCUUGUGGGCAUUGGCCUCUCCCGGCUCUUCUCCGCGUCGAAGCUGGAAGACCCCCUCGUCGGCCAGGACACGGAGCUCGCCAACUCCAUGGGGCUUUUCCUGCAGAAAACCAACAUCAUUCGGGACUACCUGGAAGACCAACUCGAGGGCAGAGAGUUUUGGCCCAUAGAGGUUUGGAGCAAGUAUGUGAAGAAGCUGUCGGACUUUGCCAAGCCCGAGAACCUGGACAAGGCCGUGCAGUGCAUGAACGAGCUCAUCACCAACGCCUUACACCACGUCCCCGAUGUCUUGACCUACCUGUCCCGCCUGAAGAACCAAAGCGUGUUCAACUUCUGCGCGAUUCCGCAGGUGAUGGCCAUAGCUACCCUGGCCGCCUGCUACAACAACCAGCAGGUCUUCAGGGGUGUAGUGAAGAUUCGGAAGGGGCAAGCCGUCACACUGAUGAUGGAUUCCACCAACAUCCAAGCCGUCAAAGCCGUCAUGUACCAGUACGUGGAAGAGAUCUACCAGAAGAUCCCAAGCUCGGACCCUUCCGCCCGCAAAACGCAACAGAUCGUUGCCUCCGUGCGCUCGAUGAGUCUACCCAGCAACGGCAGCCUGGCCUCCCGGGCCCAUUACUCGCCCAUCUACUUGUCCUGCGUUAUGCUUCUAGCCGCACUGAGUUGGCAGUACCUGAGCAGUGUCUCCAAAGCGGCGGAGGAAUUUGUGCACACCGAGAACUGAGAGGCUCGCAAUUGAGGGGCGGGAGGCGUCAUUCUGGAACGGGAGAACGUGUUGUAAUCCCAGGACUGUACGGAGAAAGACUUGGGAUCUUUCAUGGCGAGCCGGUUUUGGGCUGGAAGCGUCCGGCUAGAAGCAGCGAUUGGCUUUGAAGGAACUAACCCAACGACGACUUCCGAACGGAGGGCCUUUUUCUCUCCCCCUUUUGAAUGAACUGGUUACAGAUGAGUCUGUUGUUUGAGUCUUAAUGUUUCUUUUCUGCAGAGCGUUUGAUCUGCGGGAUGGCUUGUUUGUUUAUGUAAGGUGUUUUUUAACUAGGACGUUUGAAGAUGCCUCUUUGUUGCUCACGAAUUUUGACAGUAAAAAAAAAAAAA